UAGAGUUUCCCCCGGUAAGAGAUCACCCUGACGCCCGUAGAUUCAGUUUCUCCUGUCGUGUGAGUUGCACAUGAAUACAUGCAACAUCACGCCGCGUCCGACAGCUUUUCUCCUUCCAAGCUGAGAGGAGACGAGGAACAACGGCCCGUAGACUCAUGGUGAUCGCCGAGGGCGCCCCGCGGUCGCUGCCCGGUGUCCUCCUACCGUCCCCGGGGCACCAUGGGCUCGUAAGAUGCCUUCUCUGUGGAAAAGAAUAACAUUCUCGGUGGCCUCGGCGCUGUGUCUCGGCUCGGCGGUCCUCCUGGUGGUGGCUCUGUCCACGGAGCGCUGGGUCGUCGGGCGGAUCCUGUGCAAAACCGGCGUGGACAUAGUGAACGCGUCCAGUCCGGAGCUGGAGCAGUUUAUUGGGGAUAUUUACUACGGCUUGUUCCAGGGAGGAAAGGCCAAGAGGUGCGGACUCGGGGAGAGGCGCUCCAAGAUAUACAUUUUUCCAAACCUUGUGCAGACGCUGAAUGGCGGUCUUCACAUGAUGGUGAUUCUCUUCCUGCUGGUGGCUGUCGGCUUCGCCCUGGUCAGUCUGUCCUUCAGCAUUUACAACGCUCGCAAAGUGCCCUACCAGAGCAUCAAAGGUCACAAAGGACUCUAUCUGUGGAACUUUAUUGCUGCUCUUUUUGGUGCCCUGGGGGUUCUUUGUUUCCUGGCUGCUGUGAAGCACCAUCGUCUGACCGAGCGGGUUGCGAACUACCGAGAGAACCUCUUUGUCCUGGAGGUCCUGGAAGACAGCCUGGACUGGUCUUUCUGGCUCGGGGUCGGCAGCGUUGUGACUCACUUCGCCAUUUGUGGGGUGGUCGCCAUGAGCCGCAUCAAGCUGCCCAAACCGGAGAUCAAAAAGCCAGAAGAGCCCACAGUGUCUGCCCUGGACCUGCUCUACUGAAGAACACACACAUAUCCCGUUUGCUGUUGCCAGGACCUGGAUAACUGAGAAUUUUUAUAGGCACAUAAAAGACUCAUUAGUUUUGUUUUCUGCUUAUAGCCUGGAAACGAAAAACCAC